AAAACCAUUUACAUGGACAAUACACAGCCACGUGUUCCUUCUUCACUUGUCAUUACCUAGAUUUCCUUUCUAAAUGCCCACUCACUAACUAUAGAUAUUACAAAAACCGCACCCAAAGAUAUCAAACUCACCCAACUUUCAUUACCACUUAGUUUUUUCAUACUCCUCCCUCCUAAUCCCUUCCAUUCCCAACAAGCACUAGUUACAUUCAUUGGCCUAGUUUUCGAAGCGCGUUUUCCCAUAAGUGAUUUUGCUUUUCAGUUAAGCACACUGAAAAGAAAGGAUAAUGGGACUAGAGGGAUUGAGGUCCGGGUGGAGUGUGCCGCCGAAGCCAUGCGAUUCAUGCAAACUGGCUUCGGCGGCACUCUUCUGCCGCCCGGACUCCGCUUUCCUCUGCAUAUCAUGUGACUCCAAAAUCCACUCCGUCAACAAACUCGCCUCGCGCCACGAGCGCGUGUGGAUGUGUGAGGUCUGCGAGCAGGCUCCAGCUUCCGUCACGUGCAAGGCAGACGCCGCAGCCCUCUGCGUCACGUGCGACUCCGACAUCCACUCCGCCAACCCACUAGCCCGCCGCCACGAGCGCGUCCCGGUGGAGCCUUUCUUUGACUCCGCUGAGUCCAUCGUGAAAUCCUCCUCCGCCGCAGCUGCCGCUACUGCAGCCUCCUUCGGCUUCGUCGUCCCCACCGACGAGGCCUUCGCCAGCCACGACGACGCCGACGCGGCGGCCUGGCUCAUGCCGGAUCCAAAUUUCGGAUCUAAACUCAUCGACGCUCCGGAUGUGAAGUCCAGGGAGAUGUUCUUCUCGGAAUUGGAUCCGUUUCUGGAUUUCGAUUACACAAACUCGUUCCAGAACAAUAACAACCACAACGGCGGAAACGACAGCGUUGUGCCGGUUCAGACCAAACCCCUCCCUCCUCACCCAGCUCCGAUGAUGAAUCAUCACACAGAAGGUUGCUUCGACAUCGAUUUUUGCAGAUCGAAGCUAUCCAGCUCCUUCAAUUAUCCAUCACAGUCUCUCAGCCAAAGCGUUUCGUCGUCUUCGCUUGAUGUAGGAGUGGUGCCAGAUGGGAACGCGGUUUCAGACAUGUCAUAUUUGAACAGCUCCGAUUCGAGCGGGAUGGUGGUUUCCGGCGGCGGCGGAAGCCAGCCGGCGACGCAGCUCUGCGGGAUGGAUCGGGAGGCGAGGGUUCUGAGAUACAGGGAGAAGAGGAAGAACCGGAAGUUUGAAAAAACCAUUCGAUACGCUUCACGAAAGGCUUAUGCGGAAACCCGGCCCAGGAUCAAGGGCCGGUUCGCGAAGCGGUCUGAAAUUGACUCGGAGGUGGACCGCCUCUAUAGCCCGGUGAUGACUGGUUCUCUUAUGGUUGACUCUCCAUUCGUGGUGCCAACGUUUUAGCAAAAAUGAAAAGAAGAGGGUGGAACAAUUUAUCAACACACACACUCUUCUUGUUUAGUAUUAUUGUUGCAUGUGGUAUCUUAGAAUAAUGAUUAGUGAUAUAUUCCGUGGGAAACUUUGAUUACUAAUUAGGGAUGAUGAAAAGUGAUGAUGAAUUGGUUCGAAUAUGAAGAUGAAUAUGAAUAUGAUGGUGCUGUGGAAUCAGGAAUGGGAGCAUGAUGCAAAGAGACUCAUGGUGAUGGAGUUGAAGAUUUGUCUCGCCUAGAAAAGCCAGUUUACUUUGUUUUUUAACUUUAGGGGGAGGUUUCUUUGUUUGGUAUUUAUUUGGGGUAGAAUUAGAAUCUGUACUCUAUAAGUGUAAACUCUUUUUCACGGUCUAUUUUCAGUAAAAAAAAGGUGUCUUUUUCCAA